UAGAAGCGGUAGUCGUCAUGUCGGAUGAUAAAUUAGUUGAGAUACACCAAAGCGAUUGGACCAAACUAAGGGAUUUGUACGCCCACAGGGACACCGAUCCCCAAGGCUACCCGUGCAUAAAUAAUUUCAUCAACUGGGUGGAAAAAGAUCCGGAUCUGAAAGUGAAGUUCUAUUCGUUGAACGGUGAUUGGGAGAAAGAUGGAACCUUUGUUUUAACUUUUGAUUUAGGUAUUCCUACGAAACACCUUUACUUCAACACUUUGAGCGACAAUUUAGAACGUGUGACAAAAGGCCUAGAAUGUCUGACUUUCGUUAAUGGUGAAUUUAAUUUUUUUGGAUUCUGUUCCCGUCUGAAACCUAUCGUUGAACAUAUAAACAAAAAAUUUUACUCCACCAAUGAACUGGCUAUUGUAGAGACCGUUUGGUAUGGUGCGAGCAAGGAACUUAUAGAUACUUUUACUAUUGAGCUUCCUUCUGGCAUAACUCUGUUGAACCUGGCUGUUGAAGAUGCCGAGACCAUCAAUGAAAUCUGGCCACAUAAGGGGCCCGGCUCUAUAAACUUUGUGAGGCUUUUGAUUAGGCAAAAUACUUGCUUGGGGGCCUAUGAUGAUAGCGGAAAAUUGGUUGCCUGGUGCUUGAGAUUGCCCAUUGGAAGUUUGGGUUUGCUGCAAGUUUUGGAAUCGCAUAAGCGUCUGGGUCUCGGCAGCUUGUUGGUAAAAUCCAUGGCCAAAAAGAUUUCCGCCCUGGGAGAUCAAGUAACAGCGCCAGUUGUGACCGCAAACACUGCUUCAAGAAAUAUGUUCGAGAAAAUUGGCUUCCGACCUAUUGACACAACAUAUUGGGCUGGAUAAAAACGUUAACCAAGUUAAAGGAAAUCAGCCAAAUAAUAUAAAUUGCCAUCUAAGAGAACAAAUACUGUGGCCUGAAAAUUUGAAAAUACAUUGAUAUAUUCAUAUUGAGUUGACACAGUUGUUGUAGUAAAAACAUCACCUACGUACGUUAUAUUAUAUAUAUCAGCGAAAAUAAAUAUGUAAUAUCAUAAACAAUUAA